CCCGCACUGUCGGGCCAGCCUGGUUCACCCUUGGAAACUGAGGCACUUGUUACUUGCAAAGUUGACUAUAAUUCAAGCUCUGAGGUUAGCACGUCAAACGCCCAGCUGAAGCAGCACUUGAUAGAGCACCAUUGCUCACUAGUGGAAGAGAAAGCUGGACUUUCAACCUAUGAGAUAAAGACUAAAGAUCUUCACAAGGACGAGGACCACAAGAUACAAGUUAUGACCAUUGGACCUGAGAAUAAGGAAGCCAUCAAUUCAGUUCUCCUGCUGGGGGAGACAGGUGCCGGGAAGACUCGUGCCAUCGAUGCCAUGAUCAACUUCCUCUUUGGUGUCAACUUUGAAGAUAAUUUUAGGUUUCAGUUAAAAGACCAAGUUGACAGUGAUGAUCUUCUUGUAGUAGAGAGUCAGACAGAGUAUGUCACUGCCUACAUUAUCUAUCAUCAAGAAGGAAUGCCUCUACAGUGUAAUUAUAUGUUGAUAGACACACCUGGGUUUGGCGACACCAGAGAAAAUUAUGAGAAAAUCGCCAUAGAGAGAAUGACUCAUUUCCUGACAAAUGACUAUGGUAUUGAUGAUCUUAACUGUGUUGCUUUAGUAGCCAAGGCAAAUCAAAACAGGAUAUCAGCACAUCACAAACAGAUGCUAGAAGAAAUAACCUCAGUUCUAGGGAGUAAUAUUGGUGACAUAACACAGCUUCUGGCUACAUUUGCUUCAGAUGGGACUGCUUCAGUUGGUGAUGUGAUGAGACAUGAAGAAGUACCCUUUGUUAAUAUAUACCAACUUGACAACAUGCCUCUGUAUGUGUCACGUAAUGAUGACUCCAUUGGCUUCAUCAUUUCAUGCUUGCAGCCUAGAUGGGCAUCUAUGGUGAAAGAAUAUGACAGGUUUUUUAAAGAUCUGCACAAAUUUUCCCCAGUAAAUGUAAAACAGACAAGAGACCUUUUGAUGGAGAAGAAACUCUUGGAGGAGGUAAAAAGGUCUCUGAUGAGAAAUGUGCAGUAUGCUUCUGCUCUUGACAACACAGUCAGGGAAGACAAGGAUUCACUAAAGGACAUGAAGAUUGAACUAAAUGGCAUUAAAUAUACCCAUUUAGAAGAAAGAAAAGAAACAAUAUUGGAAUACAGUGAAGAUAACUAUCACUUCCACAACUGUAAGAAAUGUAAAAAAACAUGUUCAAAGCCUCAUAAAAACAUAGGUGCUGGAGAAAUUGUUGGGAAGGCUUGCAUAGCAGGAAUUUCUACAGCAGCUACUGCUGCACCACUUACAAAGAAGCUUGGAGCUCCUUUGGCAGUAUCUGUGGUAACUGCUGUAUGUACUGGAAUAGCAUCAGUAGCAGCAACUGCAUGUGAAUUGGGUAUUUGCUCAAAGUUUCCUUUAAGUGGUCACUGCAUUAAGUGUGGUCAUAGAAUUGCACAACACAAACGAGAAGAUGCACAAUAUAUUUUAAUAGAUAAAACUGAAGAAGUAAUUGACGAGUCUUUGAAAUAUGAUUACGAUACAAAAGCAAAAGAGAUUACCCAGUUAGAGAAGAGAUACAACAGAAGGAAAAGACCUUGAAUCAACACAGGAAAGAUCUUUGGGAUGACACCAAGGCUCUGGUGCAGCACGCUAGAAAGAUAUCAAGCCUGAGACACCGCAACUUGAACCCAGAGUUGCUGAUAGAUGAAUUUAUCAUGUUAGAAAAGGAGGAAUGUGAAUAUUGUGCACCUCCUGAAGAAAGUAAAGGAGGAGGUUGCUGCAAUGACCAGGCAACAAAUUGGUGAGGAAGGUAGUUGGUAAAGCCGCAGUGAAUAAGGUAGUGACUAUAAUGUCAUUCAGGAACAUAAUCACUACAAAGGCAACAAAAAUUGUUGCUACACUGCCAGUAAAGGUGGUAGUCACUCUGUUGAUGGAGAAAGCUGUCAUACUGACAGUAGGGGACCUACAGGUGCUCUUCAACUUAUAAUGAGGUUCCGUUCCGAUGAACCCACCGCAAGAUGAAAAUAUUGCAAGUUUAAUAUGAAUAUUUUUUUUUCAACAAACCGGCUGUAUCCAACCAAGGCAGGGUGGCCCAAAAAGAAAAACUUAAGUUUUUCUUUUUAAAUUUAGUAAUUUGAACAGGAGAAGGGGUUACUAGCCCCAUGCUCCAGGCAUUUUAGUCGCCUCUUACAACAUGCAUGGCUUACGGAGGAAGAAUUCUGUUCCACUUCCCCAUGGGGAGAAGAGGAAAUAAACAAGAACAAGAACUAGAAAGAAAAUAGAAGAAAACCCAGAGGAGUAUGUAUAUAUAUGCUUGUACAUGUAUGUGUAGUGUGACCUAAGUGUAAGAAGAAGUAGCAAGACGUACCUGAAAUCUUGCAUGUUUAUGAGACAGAAAAAAGACACCAGCAAUCCUACCAUCAUGUAAAACAAAUGCAAGGCUUUUGUUUUACACUCACUUUGUAGGAUGGUAGUAACUUCCUGGGCGGUUGCUGUCUACCAACCUACUACCUAGAUGUAUUUUAAUAUAGUACAGAUAUUAUUCCUCUAGGUAAUAGGUUGGUAGACAGCAACCACCCAGGGAGGUACUACUGUCCUGCCAAGUGAGUGCAAAACGAAAGCCUGUAAUUGUUUUACAUGAUGGUAGGAUUGCUGGUGUCCAUUUUUCUGUCUCGUGAACAUGCAAGGUUUCAGGUAAGUUUUGCUACUUCUACUUACACUUAGGUCACACUACACAUACAUGUACAAGCAUAUAUAUACACACCCCUCUGGGUUUUUUCUAUUUUCUUACUAGUUCUUGUUCUUGUUUAUUUCCUCUUAUCUCCAUGAGGAAGUGAAACAGAAUUCUUCCUCUGUAAGCUAUGAGUGUUUUAAGAGGCAACUAAAAUGCCGGGAGCAAGGGGCUAGUAACCCCUUCUCCUGUAUAAAUUACUAAAUUUAAAAAGAGAAACUUUCGUUUUUCUUUUUGGGCCACCUCGCCUCGGUGGGAUACGGCCGGUUUGUUGAAAGAAAAAGAGAUAUAUUCUUGAUUAUUUUUAUAUGCAUUUAUAUAUAUAUGUACAUUAUACUGCUGUUUACUAAACUCAAUUUUGAGACUUUCAGAUACAUUAUAGAAUAUUUAUAGAUAUGAAUAAUUUACAUAGUAAUUUGUACAGGUGGGCUUCACUUUACAGCAUUUUGCUUAUACAGUUGAUUUUCAGUUAUACCCAUUCUUCAUUUAUUCAGACUUCCUACAGUAAAUAUGUUCACCACUUACUAUAAGCUAAGAAUGAAAAUAUUUCUAUGCAUAAAUAUUUAUAUGCAUUAGUGUAAUUUAUAUGCAUUAUUGAUGCCUAUCUGUAUUGCUUAGUUAAUAUAUGAUAGUGUAAACAUGUUAUCAGGCUUUUAUAUGCAGUUGAAAGUGAAAAAAAAGACUGAUUCACUUUACAGCAGUAGUUUGGAACUUAACCUGCUGUAUAAUCUGGGCCUUCCUGUAUGUCUUUUAAGAAGAGCAAGUUCAGGGCUCUCAAUUCAUCUUCGUGUACAGUGGAUUAAUUUUGUCAUUCUUUUCUGCAUAUUCUCCAGUUCAUUUAUAUUUAUUGUGUAGUAUGGAAGCCAAAGCUGAACUGCAUAAUCUAAGUGAGGAAAUACUAUUGAUAUACAAACCUGUAGAAUAACAUUCAGACUCCUGCUACUUCUGUAUUUCUUGAUGUAAAAUGGGACAGGUGGAGAUAUAUUGCAGUUUUUGAACUGUAGUGUAUGUAUGUCUCUGGCAAGACAGUGAUGGAGUGAGUGAUGAUGAAAGUGUUUCUUCUUUUUUUGGGUCAUCUUGCCUUGGUGGGAAAUGGCCCAUGUGUUAAAAAAAAGAAAUGGAAAUGUAGUUUGUUAACCUUAUUGUACAUGCUUAGGCAUUGCUGUCUUGGCUUCAGGUUUUUGCUGACCAUGACUCCCAUGUCUCUCUGUAUGAUCAAGCUCUACAUCACCUGGUUUAUAAAUGCCAAGGUUAUUUUUAUUUUUGAGGAGUAGGACUUUGCAUUUUUUCCACACUGAACUGUGCCAUUUGUCUAGACCUUUCUGAAAUUCAUUGGGAUCCUCCGAAUCCACUACGUGGCUAACUUUUGUGUUGUCAGCAAAUUGACUAGUUAUAUUUUUUUAUUAACACAUCGGCCGUUUCAUCCCAAGGUAAUGUGGCCUGAAAAAGAAGAAACACUUUCAUCAUCACUUAUUCCAUAACUGUCUGUAAAGAGGUGUACUAACACUACAGUUUAAAAACUGCUGAUAUCUCUACUUCUUCAGAGUGCAGGCACUUUACUGCCUCCAGGACAAGUCUGGUUAAUUGAACUUAUGUUGCUGCUUAUUCUCUGUUCAAGGUUAUUAGUAGGUAAAUAAGUUUAUUUAGAUACAGGUACACAUAAGUAGAAUCAUGCAUAGUGUAACCUGCCCACCAGGAUAACCCGAAAAAAGUCAGACAAAGUGACAUAUCCAUUGGGGACCUUUGUCAUUAAUGUUGUUUAUGAGUAACAAGGGGCCCAAAACAAAUCUUUGUGCAGUGCCUCUUGUGACAAUCUCUAUUCCGAUUUCACUCCAGGUAUGCAAGCACUUUGCUUCCCAUUAGUGGGCCAGGUCUCAAUCCUUUUAUACCAUGUGCUGGCACUUCCUUGAAUAGUCUUCUAUAUGGAACUCUCAUCAGAAGCCUUACUGUAUUCAAAAUAUACAAUACAGGAGGGCCCUUCAUAAACUGCACCUCUUUUCAGUGUUCCAUGUUUUUGUUGGCUUUCAAUUGAGCCAUUGUUCAUUGUGUUUGGUGCUGGCUGUCUUCAAGACUCCUUGGCUAUCCUCAAGAGGGAGCUGGAUAUACACACACAGUCAGUACCUGACCAGCCAGGCUGUGGUUUGUAUGUUGGUUGAAAUGCAGCCAGCAGUAACAUCCUGGUUGAUCAGGUCCUGAUCCACCACAAGUCCUGGUCAUGGACUGGACUGCGGGGGCAUUGACCCCCAGAACACCCUCCAGGUAUGCAGGUUAAGAGGAUGGGAUGGUUUAACUCUUUCAGGUUAAGUCUUUCCACUUGACUAUCACACAUGACUUCUUGUACCAGAAUGUUAACAAAAUUUUGAUAUUCAUGUUGUAAUUUCAUGGUGUUUAUGAUGUAAUUUUUGGUUAUGUUGUAAUUGUUGUUGUUCAUGGUUAACAGCAGUGAUUAUAUUAUAGUAGUAUAUUAA